CUGCGUCUGCAACACAAAGAGACUCUUCAUCACCUCUCUCUCACUAUUUAUACUCUAUUCUUUGCUUGAAAAAGGGCUAAAUUUUUGUGUGCAAAAAACCAAUUUUUUUUUGGUUUUAUUUUCGCAGCAAACAGCAACAACGCAGAUUCCCAACCCGAACCCUUACCCUUUCUUCCCUCACACUCCUAUGUGUAUGCUCUCACUCUCUCCUCUCUCAUCUCUCAGUUCAAAGUAGAGAAGCUGAGGUGAGAUGACAAGCGUAAGAUCGAGUUGGCCCUCGAGGCUGCGUCAGCUUCUAUCCAGCGAGGGUUCCAUUGGCCCAUCCAUCAAACUCGACUCUGACCCUCCUCCCAAGAUCAAAGCCUUCAUUGAGAAGGUCAUUCAAUGUCCAUUACAAGAUAUAGCUAUACCCCUUUUUGGUUUUCGGUGGGAGUAUAAUAAGGGAAAUUUUCAUCACUGGAGACCAUUGUUACUUCAUUUUGAUACAUACUUCAAGUCAUAUUUAUCAUGUCGAAAUGACCUGACAUUGUCCGAUAACCUAGAAGUUGGCAUUCCAUUACCAAAACAUGCAAUUCUACAAAUAUUACGGGUGAUGCAAAUAAUUUUAGAGAACUGUCCAAACAAGAGUUCAUUUGAUGGCUUAGAGCACUUCAAGCUUUUACUAGCAUCAACGGAUCCUGAGAUUAUUAUUGCAACAUUAGAAACUCUUGCUGCCCUUGUAAAAAUAAAUCCUUCUAAGCUUCAUGGAAGUGCAAAAAUGGUUGGCUGUGGUUCAGUGAAUAGCUAUCUCCUGUCCUUAGCACAGGGGUGGGGAAGCAAGGAGGAGGGCAUGGGUUUGUACUCUUGUAUUAUGGCAAAUGAAAAAGCCCAGGAUGAAGCACUGUGCUUGUUUCCUUCUGAUGUAGAGAAUGGUUGUGACCAAUCCAAUUAUUGCAUAGGUUCUACUCUUUAUUUUGAGUUGCAUUUACCCAUUGUUCAAAGCAAGGAACAAAAUGUAGAUACAGUUUCCUCAAGCUUGAGAGUUAUACACAUACCAGAUAUGCAUUUGCGCAAAGAAGAUGAUUUGUCAAUGUUGAAGCAAUGCAUUGAGCAGUAUAAUGUUCCCCCUGAGCUCCGAUUUUCAUUGCUUACAAGAAUUAGAUAUGCUCGUGCCUUUCGGUCUGCGAGAAUAAGCAGGCUUUAUAGCAGGAUUUGUCUUCUUGCCUUCAUUGUGUUGGUCCAAUCCAGUGAUGCUCAUGACGAGCUUGUGUCCUUUUUUGCCAACGAACCAGAAUACACAAAUGAAUUGAUUAGAGUUGUGCGAUCUGAAGAAACCAUAUCUGGAUCUAUCAGAACACUUGUAAUGCUUGCAUUAGGAGCUCAGUUAGCAGCAUAUACGUCAUCUCAUGAACGGGCACGGAUACUGAGUGGAUCUAGUCUGAAUUUCACUGGAGGGAACCGCAUGAUACUACUGAAUGUGCUUCAGAGGGCUAUUUUGUCGUUGAAGAGUUCAAAUGAUCCAACUUCCUUUGCUUUUGUUGAGGCACUACUUCAAUUCUAUCUGCUGCAUGUAGUGUCAACAUCAUCUUCUGGGAGUAAUAUUAGAGGUUCUGGCAUGGUACCCACAUUCUUGCCUCUGCUGGAGGAUUCUGAUCUUGCUCAUAUUCAUCUUGUUUGUUUAGCAGUGAAAACCCUUCAGAAACUUAUGGAUUGUAGUAGUUCAGCUGUAUCAUUGUUUAAAGAGUUGGGGGGUGUUGAGCUUUUGGCUCAAAGAUUACAGAUAGAAGUUCAUAGGGUCAUUGGUUUGGUUGAAGAGAAUGCUGAUGUGAUGCUCACUGGUGAAAGCUCAAGACAAAGUACUCAUCAGCUUUACUCUCAAAAGAGGCUGAUAAAAGUGUCCCUUAAGGCCCUUGGUUCUGCAACAUAUGCCCCUGCAAACUCUACCAGAUCUCAAAACUCCCAAGACAGUUCAUUACCUGCGACUCUAGUCUUGAUUUUUCAGAAUGUAAAUAAAUUUGGAGGAGACAUUUAUUACUCAGCUGUUACUGUAAUGAGUGAAAUAAUCCACAGAGAUCCUACGUGCUUUUCUUCUUUGCAUGAAAUGGGUCUUCCCAAUGCUUUUUUAUCUUCAGUUGUAUCUGGAAUACUUCCUUCGUCAAAGGCUCUGACAUGCAUUCCAAAUGGCCUUGGGGCCAUUUGUCUUAAUGCCAAAGGCUUAGAGGUUGUCCGAGAAACUUCAUCACUGCAGUUUCUUGCUAACAUCUUUACAAGCAAAAAGUAUGUCUUUGCCAUGAAUGAGGCUAUUGUUCCGCUUGCAAAUUCUGUGGAGGAACUUCUUCGACAUGUGACUUCAUUGAGAAGUACUGGUGUCGACAUUAUAAUUGAAAUCAUCCAUAAGAUUGCAUCCUUUGGAGAUGGUAUUGAUACAGGGUCUUCUUCAGGAAAAGCUAAUGAGGAUAGUGCAAUGGAAACUGAUUCUGAAGACAAAGGAAAUGAAAGCCAUUGUUGCCUUGUAGGCACAGCAGAAUCUACUGCUGAAGGCAUAAAUGAUGAACAAUUUGUCCAGCUUUGCAUCUUUCAUUUGAUGGUAUUGGUUCACCGGACUAUGGAAAAUUCUGAAACAUGUCGGCUAUUUGUAGAAAAAUCAGGAAUUGAAGCUUUAUUGAAGCUGUUAUUACGACCUACUAUUGCACAGUCCUCUGAUGGGAUGUCUAUUGCUUUGCACAGCACCAUGGUAUUUAAAGGGUUCGCUCAACAUCACUCCACUCCUUUGGCACGUGCCUUUUGUUCCUCUCUUAGGGAGCACUUGAAUGAAGCAUUAACUGGGUUUGGUGCAGCUUCGGGACCUUUGUUGCUGGAUCCAAAGAUGACAACUGAUAAUGUCUUUUCUUCACUUUUCCUGGUUGAGUUUCUUCUCUUUCUUGCUGCAUCAAAAGACAAUCGUUGGGUGACUGCUUUGCUUACAGAAUUUGGAAAUGGUAGCAAGGAUGUUCUUGAAAACAUUGGACGUGUCCAUCGUGAAGUUUUGUGGCAAAUUGCUCUUCUUGAAAAUACAAAGCCUGAUAUUGAGGAUGAUGGUUCUUGUUCUACUGAUUCACAACAGGCAGAAGUGGAUGCAAAUGAAACUGCAGAGCAAAGGUACAAUUCUAUCAGGCAGUUUCUUGAUCCAUUACUCCGGAGGAGGACUCCAGGAUGGAGUGUAGAAUCACAAUUUUUUGACCUUAUUAAUCUGUAUCGAGAUUUGGGUCGUGCUCCUGGUUCUCAGCACCGAUCAAAUUCUGUGGGUCCUACGAGCAGGCGGUUAGGAUCCAGUAAUCAGUUGCAUCAUUCUGGGUCUACAGAUGUUUUGGGGGCUGCUAAUAAGAAGGAAAGCGACAAGCAGAGAACAUAUUAUACCUCUUGUUGUGACAUGGUCAGAUCACUUUCAUUUCACAUUACUCAUUUGUUCCAAGAGUUGGGAAAAGUAAUGCUGCAACCUUCUCGCCGCCGUGAUGAUAUUGCAAGUGUAAGUCCUGCUUCAAAAUCAGUGGCUUCUACUUUUGCAAACCUUGCUCUAGAUCACAUGAAUUUUGAGGGCCAUGUGGCAGAAGCAUCUAUACCAACAAAAGGUCGUUAUUUUGGCAAAGUCAUUGAUUUUAUUGAUGGCAUUCUAAUGGAAAGGCCUGAUUCAUGCAAUCCCAUUUUACUGAAUUGCUUGUAUGGGCAUGGAGUUAUUCAAUCUGUAUUGACCACAUUUGAAGCUACUAGUCAGUUGCUAUUUGCAGUUAAUCGGACUCCUGCAUCACCAAUGGAAACUGAUGAUGCUAAUGUGAAGCAGGAUGACAAGGAAGAUACAGAUCAUUUGUGGAUUUAUGGUUCUUUAGCUAGUUAUGGUAAAUUUAUGGACCAUCUAGUGACCUCCUCUUUCAUAUUAUCUUCUUUCACAAAGCCUUUACUUGCACAGCCCCUUACAAGUGGUGAUAUCCCAUACCCACGGGAUGCUGAGAUAUUUGUGAAAGUCCUCCAAUCUAUGGUGUUGAAGGCUGUGCUUCCUGUUUGGACUCAUCCCCAGUUUGUUGAUUGCAGUCAUGAGUUUAUUUCUAAUGUUAUCUCUAUCAUUAGGCAUGUUUAUUCUGGGGUUGAAGUAAAAAAUGUAAAUGGCAGCACCAGUGCUCGUAUUACUGGUCCUCCUCCUAAUGAAACAGCUAUUUCAACCAUUGUAGAGAUGGGAUUUUCCAGGUCUAGAGCAGAAGAAGCUUUGAGGCAUGUUGGGUCAAAUAGUGUGGAGUUGGCGAUGGAGUGGCUGUUUUCCCACCCAGAAGAAACACAAGAAGAUGACGAGCUUGCUCGUGCACUUGCCAUGUCCCUUGGGAACUCUGAAUCAGACACCAAGGAUGCUGCUCCUGCAAAUGACAGUGUUCAACAACUUGAGGAAGAGAUGGUCCAUCUUCCUCCUGUUGAUGAGUUGUUAUCAACUUGUGCUAAACUACUACAAAAGGAACCUCUUGCUUUUCCUGUCCGUGACUUGCUCAUGAUGAUAUGCUCUCAGAAUGAUGGUCAAUAUAGAUCUAAUGUUGUCACUUUUAUUGUUGACCGGAUCAAGGAAUGUGGAUUGGUUUCUGGUAAUGGAAAUAAUACCAUGCUAGCUGCUCUGUUUCAUGUUCUUGCUUUGAUUCUUAAUGAGGAUGCCGUUGCCCGGGAAGCUGCUUCAAAGAGUGGUUUGAUAAAAAUUGCCUCAGAUCUACUCUACCAGUGGGAUUCUGGUAUCGGUAACAGGGAGAAACACCAGGUUCCAAAAUGGGUCACAGCUGCUUUUCUGGCAUUAGACAGGCUGUUGCAAGUGGAUCAAAAAUUGAAUUCUGAAAUAGCAGAGCUGUUGAAGGAGGCUGUGAAUGUUCAGCAGACAUCAGUUAUCAUUGAUGAGGAUAAACAACACAAAUUGCAGUCUGCAUUGGGACUUUCUUCCAAGUAUGCAGAUGUACAUGAACAGAAGAGACUUGUUGGGAUUGCUUGUAGUUGUAUGAAGAACCAACUUCCCUCUGACACAAUGCAUGCUAUUAUGCUAUUAUGUUCCAAUCUUACGAGGAAUCAUUCUGUUGCUCUUACCUUUUUUGAUGCUGGUGGUUUAAGUUUACUUCUUUCUCUGCCAACCAGUAGCCUCUUUACUGGGUUUGACAAUGUUGCUGCCAGUAUUGUUCGUCAUGUUAUUGAAGAUCCACAAACUCUCCAGCAAGCAAUGGAAUCUGAGAUAAAACAGAGUCUUGUAGCAGCAUCCAACCGCCAUCCAAAUGGGAGGGUCAACCCACGAAAUUUCCUCUUAAGUUUAGCUUCUGUAAUUUCCCGGGAUCCAAUAAUAUUUAUGCAAGCUGCACAAUCUGCUCGGAGGCACACCAUUCUUGAAAACAGAAAAUACUCAAUUGAACAUCGAUAAAAUAAAUAACGGGAUAAAGAGAAAUCCAAGGAGAAAGAAAAGGAGAAGGAUAAAUCAUUAGAGAAAGACAAAGCACAUAAUAAGGAUGGAAAGGUUGGUUUGGGAGGUACAAGCACAGCCACAUCUGGGAAUGUUCAUGUAAAGCUUCAUGAUUCAAACCCGAAGAAUGUCAAAAGUUUCAAAAAACCUACUCAAAGUUUUGUUAAUGUGAUUGAACUUCUUCUUGAAUCUAUAUGUACAUUUGUUGCCCCCCCUUUGAAGGAUGACAAUGCCUCAAAUGUAGUCCCAGGCUCCCCAACAUCAAGUGACAUGGACAUUGAUGUUUCUACAGUUAGGGGGAAAGGAAAAGCAGUUGCAACUGUGUCUGAGGGGAAUGAAACCAGCAGUGAGGAUGCAUCUGCAUCACUUGCAAAGAUAGUGUUUAUUUUGAAGCUUUUGAUGGAGAUAUUGUUGAUGUAUUCAUUGUCUGUUCAUGUUCUGCUUCGAAGGGAUGUUGAAAUGAGCAGCACUAGGGGCAUUUAUCAAAAGAGUCAUGCUAGUUUUGGUGUGGGAGGAAUAUUCUACCAUAUUCUUCGGAAUUUUCUUCCUUAUUCCCGAAAUUCCAAAAAGGACAAGAAAGUUGAUGGUGAUUGGAGGCAGAAACUAGCAACCAGGGCAAAUCAGUUUAUAGUAGCUGCUUGUGUUCGUUCUUCAGAGGCAAGGAGGAGGGUUUUUACCGAGAUUAGCCAUAUCAUAAAUGAAUUUGUUGAUUCAUGUAAUGGUGUUAAGCCAAAGCCACCAGGCAAUGAAAUUCAGGUUUUUGUUGAUCUACUCAAUGAUGUUUUGGCUGCUCGCACACCUGCUGGCUCAAGCAUCUCAGCAGAAGCCUCUGUCACUUUUAUGGAUGCUGGUCUUGUUAAAUCUUUUACUCGUACCCUCCAAGUUCUGGACUUGGACCAUGCUGACUCGUCUAAAGUUGCUACUAGUAUUAUCAAAGCUCUUGAAUUAGUAACCAAGGAGCAUGUUCAUUCAGUUGAAUUGAGUGCAGGAAAGGGUGAUCAAACAAAGCCUUCUGAUCCCAGUCAAUCUGGAAGAACAGAUAAUAUUGGUCACAUGUCUCAGUCCAUGGAAACAUCUCAGGCCAAUCACAAUUCCCUUCAAGUUGACCAUGUUGGGUCUUACAAUGUGCUUCAGUCUUAUGGUGGGUCUGAAGCUGUUAUUGAUGAUAUGGAACAUGAUCAUGAUCUUGAUGAGGGCUUUGCUCCUGCUAACGAAGAUGAGUACAUGCAUGAAACUGGUGAGGAUGCCAGAGGCCGUGAUAAUGGAAUUGAAAAUGUGGGGCUACAGUUUGAAAUUCAAUCCAAUGGACAAGAGAAUCUCGACGAAGAUGAUGAGGGUGAUAUGUCUGGAGAUGAUGGUGAAGAUGUAGAUGAAGAUGACGAAGAUGAUGAGGAACAUAAUGAUUUGGAAGAUGAAGUCCAUCACUUGCCACAUCCCGACACUGAUCACGAUGAUCAUGAGAUUGAUGAUGAUGAUUUUGAUGAAGUGAUGGAAGAGGAGGAGGAUGAGGAUGAGGAUGAUGAAGAUGGGGUUAUACUGAGACUUGAGGAGGGCAUCAAUGGAAUUAAUGUUUUUGACCAUAUUGAGGUUUUUGGAAGAGACAAUAGUUUUCCAAAUGAAUCUCUUCAUGUGAUGCCAGUUGAAGUUUUUGGAUCCAGACGUCCAGGGCGGACCACCUCUAUUUACAGCCUUUUGGGCAGAGGUGGUGAUAAUGCUGCUCCUUCCCGCCAUCCACUUUUAGUUGAUCCUUCUUCCUCAUUUCACCCAUCCACUGGUCAGUCAGAUAGUAUAACAGAGAGCUCAACAGGCUUGGAUAAUAUCUUUCGAUCACUGAGGAGUGGACGUCAUGGACACCGUUUGAACUUAUGGAGUGAUAAUACCCAACAUAGCAGUGGGUCACACACCGGUGUUGUACCACAGGGCCUUGAGGAGUUGCUUGUCUCUCAAUUAAGGCGACCUACAGCUGAGAAAUCAUCUGAUAAUAAUAUAGCAGAUGCAGGUCAUCAAAAUAAAGAUGAGGUCAGCCAGAUGCACAAUUCAGGAGGUUCAAGGCUGGACAUUCCUGUUGAAAGUAAUGCUAUUCAGGAAGAUGGUAAUGUGACUGCUGCAUCAAUAGAUAAUGCUGACAACAAUUCUGAUAUCAGACCUGUAGGAAAUGGAACUCUGCAAGCAGAUGUAUCAAGCAGUCACUCUCCGGCAGUUGAGAUGCAGUUUGAGCAUAAUGAUGCAACUGUGCGGGAUGUUGAAGCUGUGAGCCAGGAGAGUAGUGGUAGUGGGGCAACUUUUGGUGAAAGCCUUCGGAGCCUAGAUGUUGAGAUUGGAAGUGCUGAUGGUCACGAUGAUGGUGGAGAAAGGCAGGUUUCUGCAGAUAGGAUAGCAGCAGCAGGUGAUUCACAGGCUGCUCGCACAAGAAGAGCAACUGUGCCUCUUGGUCAUUCUUCUCCAGUAGGUGGCAGAGAUGCAUCACUCCACAGCGUUACUGAAGUUUCUGAAAAUUCGAGCCGAGAUGCAGAUCAAGAUGGACCAGCAGCUGAGCAGCAGGUGAACAGUGAUGCUGGAUCAGGAGCAAUUGACCCUGCCUUUCUGGAUGCUCUUCCUGAGGAGCUGCGUGCUGAAGUCCUCUCAGCUCAGCAGGGUCAAGUGGCUCAACCAUCAAAUGCUGAGUCUCAAAACAAUGGGGAUAUUGAUCCAGAAUUCCUUGCAGCUCUUCCCCCGGAUAUUCGAGCAGAAGUUCUAGCUCAACAGCAAGCACAGAGGCUGCAUCAAUCUCAGGAGUUGGAAGGUCAACCUGUUGAAAUGGAUACUGUCUCAAUAAUUGCAACAUUCCCUUCAGAAUUACGAGAAGAGGUUCUAUUAACAUCUUCUGAUGCUAUCCUUGCCAACCUUACACCUGCCCUUGUUGCUGAGGCAAAUAUGUUGAGGGAGAGGUUUGCACAUCGAUACAGUCGUACCCUCUUUGGUAUGUAUCCCAGAAGCCGUAGAGGUGAGACUUCUAGACGUGAAGGUAUUGGUUCUGGCCUGGAUGGUGCAGGGGGAAGCAUCACUUCACGUAGAUCUGCUGGAGCUAAGGUUGUUGAAGCUGAUGGAGCACCUCUAGUUGACACCGAAGCUUUGCAUGCCCUUAUUCGGUUAUUUCGCAUAGUUCAGCCACUAUAUAAAGGUCAAUUGCAGAGGCUUCUUUUGAAUCUUUGUGCCCAUAGUGAAACCAGAAUUUCUCUGGUGAAAAUUCUGAUGGACUUACUAAUGCUUGAUGUGAGAAAGCCGGCCAGUUAUUUUAGUGCAGUUGAACCUCCAUACAGACUAUAUGGUUGCCAGAGCAAUGUAAUGUACUCACGUCCUCAAUCUUUUGAUGGAGUUCCCCCGUUACUCUCUCGGCGAAUACUUGAGACUCUCACCUAUCUAGCUCGUCAUCAUCCAUUUGUGGCAAAAAUUUUGCUUCAGUUUAGGCUGCAUCACCCUGCAUCAAGAGAACUAGAUAAUGCUGAUGUUGCACGUGGAAAAGCUGUGGUCAUUGGGGAUGAAAUAAAUGCAGGAUACAUAUCCAUUGCAAUGCUUUUAGGUCUCUUGAAACAGCCCCUUUAUUCGAGGAGUAUAGCUCAUCUUGAGCAGUUGCUAAAUUUGCUGGAUGUUAUCAUCGAUAGUGCUGGAAGCAAGUCUAGUUCACCUGACAAGUCCCAGAUAUCUACUGAGCCGGUAUUGGGUCCACAAAUUUCUGCGAUGGAGGCAGAUGUGAAUACAGAUUCAGUUAUAUCUUCUGGUCUUCAAGCAUCUCCUCAAGUCAAUGAAUCCUCCAAACUUGCACUUUCCAGUAAUAAGGAAUGUCAGGCUCAGCAAGUAUUGUGUGAUCUGCCCCAAGCAGAACUUCAGCUCCUUUGCUCAUUGCUUGCUCUAGAAGGUUUGUCAGACAAUGCAUAUGGUCUUGUUGCCGAGGUAAUGAAAAAAUUGGUGGCUAUUGCUCCAAUUCACUGUCAGCUUUUUGUCACUCAUCUAGCUGAAGCAGUUCGAAACUUGACUUCAUCUGCAAUGGAUGAAUUACGCACUUUCAGUGAAGCAAUGAAAGCUCUUCUCAAUACAACAUCUUCUGAUGGUGCUGCAAUCUUGAGAGUUUUGCAAGCGUUGAGUUCCCUUGUCACCUCAUUGGCUGAGAAAGAGAAUGAUAGAAUAACUCCAGCUCUUUCUGAAGUUUGGGGAAUCAAUUCAGCAUUAGAGCCCUUGUGGCAUGAGCUGAGCUGUUGUAUAAGCAAGAUUGAAGCCUACUAUGAGUCAGUGACUGAGUUUAUUACCCCUUCUAGAACAUCUUUGUCCAAACCAUCCAGUGUCAUGCCUCCACUUCCAGCUGGUUCUCAAAAUAUCUUACCAUACAUAGAAUCUUUUUUUGUGGUUUGUGAGAAGCUGCAUCAUGCACAGUCAGGUGCUAGUAAUGACACAAGUGUUCCUGCUAUUUCUGAUGUUGAAGAUGCCAGCACAUCUGGUUCCUGGCUUAAAACAUCUGGGCCUUCCGUGAAAGUAGUAGAUGAGAAACAUGCUGCUUUUGCUAAGUUUUCAGAGAAGCAUAGGAAACUAUUAAAUGCUUUUGUUAGGCAAAAUCCUGGCUUGCUUGAGAAAUCUUUUUCCCUCAUGCUGAAGAUUCCAAGAUUUAUUGAUUUUGAUAACAAGCGUUCCCACUUUCGAUCAAAGAUUAAACAUCAGCAUGACCAUCACCACAGCCCAUUAAGAAUAUCAGUAAGAAGGGCUUAUGUUCUAGAAGAUUCAUAUAACCAGCUUCGCAUGAGAUCAACCCAAGAUUUGAAGGGAAGGUUGACUGUUCAUUUCCAAGGGGAAGAAGGUAUCGAUGCAGGUGGGCUUACAAGGGAAUGGUAUCAAUUGUUGUCUAGAGUUAUUUUUGACAAAGGGGCACUGCUAUUUACUACAGUAGGCAAUGAAUCAACAUUUCAGCCUAACCCUAACUCUGUUUACCAAACAGAACAUCUAUCUUAUUUCAAAUUUGUUGGCAGAGUGGUUGGAAAAGCAUUAUUUGAUGGUCAGCUUUUGGAUGUCCAUUUUACUCGGUCAUUCUACAAGCACAUCCUUGGGGCAAAAGUUACAUAUCAUGAUAUUGAAGCCAUUGAUCCUGGCUAUUUCAGAAAUUUGAAAUGGAUGCUUGAGAACGAUAUCAGUGAUGUUCUGGAUCUUACAUUUAGCAUUGAUGCAGAUGAGGAAAAGUUGAUCUUGUAUGAACGGACUGAGGUGACUGAUUAUGAGUUGAUUCCUGGUGGACGAAAUACUAAAGUUACGGAGGAGAAUAAGCACCAAUAUGUUGAUUUGGUUGCUGAGCAUCGGUUGACCACUGCCAUUCGACCUCAAAUAAAUGCUUUCUUGGAAGGGUUCACUGAAUUAAUUCCCAGGGAGUUAAUAUCUAUAUUCCAUGACAAAGAGCUGGAACUAUUGAUCAGUGGACUUCCUGAUAUUGAUUUGGAUGACUUGAGAGCAAAUACAGAAUAUUCUGGAUAUAGUAAUGCAUCACCAGUUAUCCAAUGGUUUUGGGAGGUUGUUCAAGGUUUCAGCAAAGAAGACAAAGCUAGACUGCUGCAGUUUGUGACGGGCACAUCCAAGGUGCCUUUGGAGGGUUUUAGCGCUCUUCAAGGAAUUUCAGGUGCCCAGAGGUUUCAGAUACACAAGGCAUAUGGAAGUUCUGAUCACUUGCCUUCUGCUCAUACAUGUUUCAAUCAAUUAGAUUUGCCCGAGUAUCCAUCUAAACAACAUUUGGAAGAGAGGUUACUGCUUGCCAUUCAUGAAGCAAAUGAGGGAUUCGGAUUUGGUUGAAAAGUUUUUUUCUUUCUUUCUUUUUUUUCUUUUUGUGGGGACGGGAGGACAAACUGUAUUACAUUUUAGGUUAGAAGCUAUUUAAAAGCUUUAAACUGGGGGUGGCAAGAUUUCAACAUUAUAUGAUGUUAAUAUGUUGUACAGUUCUAUAUAUUUGCAAUGGGAAAUGCCUUUGGCGGUUUUUCAAUAACC